AUCCGGGGAGAGACUUCCCUUCCGUCCCGGUUUUCGGAAGGGAUCGUCCCUCCCGGCCGGAAGUCGGGACGAAAACAGACACCGGACGACGGCGCCCCAGGCUUUUCCCGCGGCUAGAGCGCGCGCCCUUCCAGGUAAGAGAGUCGACGUCAUCGCCGUCAGCCAAUGAAGGACGGUCGGCGGAUCGACCCGAUCGACGGCGGAGAGGCGGGCGGUGCCAGUGUCCGAUCGACCGCCGACGACAUGAGACGCGGAGUACGCUGGUUGAUCCUGCUAACCGGCGCCCUGGAGACGGUGGUCUUCACCGGCAACAUCUUCGGCUGGGCCGCCCUCAACUACAUGCUCAAGCGACAGGGCGUCUACCGCCACCUCUGUCCUCCCUCCAACUUCACCCUCGACGCCAACGCCACGGUGUCUCAGGAGUCGGGUUGCCACGAGCAGGACCAGAUGCUGAAUCUGGCCUUCACCGUGGGAAGUUUCUGCACGGGUUUCACCGCCUUCGUCUGGGGAUUUCUGCUGGACAGUUGGGGUCUGAGGACCGUUCGUCUGCUCAUCAACGGACUGAUCGCCAGCGGCACCAUCAUGCUGUCCGUCACCAACCCAGAGACUUCCUACCUGAUCUUUCCCGGGCUGACCCUGAUGUGCCUGGCCGGAGUCCCGCUGAGGAUUGCCAACAUGCAGAUCGCCAACUUGUUUCCCAAGCAGAGGUCCACCGUCAUCUCUUUCUACAGCGGAGGAUUCAGCGCCUCGGCUUCCGUUUUCGCUUUCCUAAAGUACCUGUUGGACGCCGGAGUGUCCUGGGAGUGGACCUGGUUCGUGCUGGUGGCCUGUAGCGCCGUCAUGUUGCCCGUCACCCUCUUUCUGCUUCCUCCGGACCGGAUCGGCGACGACAACAAAAGCAAGAUGUUUUCGGGGGUGGCGGAAGUGGCCGUGGUUUCUCCCGUCACCUUCGGAAAGUUCAGCACCCUUCCCAAAUCUCCCGUCUACCCCAGGAAAAACCCGGAAGUCGACCGUUACGAUGCCUCCCCCGCCGAUCCCUAUCCUCCCCGGCCUCCUCCCGGUAAAGGAAGAGUUCCGCUGAGAAAGUCGCUGCUGUCCUUUUCCUUCCUGGCCCACCAGUAUUGGUUCUCCUGGGUGCUGCUCUACACCGUCAUCUACAUAGGGACCCUGCACCUGUGGAUCGAGAGGGUGACCACCGACUCCCGAUCGGCUUCCGGAUACACGGAAAUCUACGGACUGGUGCAGAUAACCGGACUGGUUCUGGCGCCGCUGGGCGGCGCCGUCAUGGACUUCUUCGUGGGCAGAGCCGCAAAGGAGGAGGACCCCCUGGAGAGGAGGCUGAAGACCGCCCGAGCCGCCUUCUUCCCCAUGCUGAUCACCACUCUGACCGAAGCGGCCAUCCACGUCUGCAGGUUUUUCUUCGUGGAGGCGGCCAUCUACGCUUCCAUAGCGCUGAUCACCCUUCUCAGAUCGUCGUUCGUGGGAGUGGGCACCGCCUACCUCAGGACCAGGUUUCCCGCCGACCACUUCAACCGUCUUCUGGGCAUCAUGAGCACGGCGGCCGCCUUCUACACCCUUCUGCAGUUCCCCUUUUUCGUGUGGGAGGCCGAGAGUCGGACGGACAGUCUCUACGUGAACGGAGUGUACUGCGUCCUGUUGGCCGUGGCCCUGGUUCAUCCCCUGCUGAUGACGGUCACCCCCUUGCAGCGACGCCUGAUGGAGAAAGAGAGCGCCCGACAAGGGGAAGGAGAGGCGGGAUCCGAGGGGGGAAGAGUGUAGGGCGCGUCCCUGUAAAUUAUUGUAGCCAUUAAUUCUGUACAGAGAUAAACUUUUAUAAUAAAGGUCGUUUUCGCCCGCCAAGGGCGACCUCAUCCA